AUAUCGUUUCUGUUUUGAUUUCCAUAAUUUCAUCUUCUUUCCCGAAACCCAAAUCUUUCAUGGCUGCCGUACGGCGGCCCUUGGUUGUUGUUUUUGUCCUUUUGGUUUUUGUCUUGCCCUUUAAGAAUUGUCAAUCUGAAUCCCCACAAAAUAUUGAAACUUCUUACCCAGUUAUAGGUCCGCCUCCUGCGCCGGAGCCGGCGCCGGAGCCCAUUCCGGGGUCUCCGACGGUAGUGGGAAUUGUACCACCGCCUACACUGCCGCCACCGUCGUCGAAGCCGGGAUCGUCUUCGUCGGAUGGUGAGGUUAUUGUGAAAGCAGUGGCGGCUUCUGCUGUGAGUACUCUGGUUGUUGCGACGGUGUUCUUCUUUUUGGUCACGAGGUUUUUGCGGCGAAAGAGGGGGGUGGGUGGUGGCGAAGGGAGCGGUGGUGGUGGUGGUGGUUUUCAAGAAGGUCAGUUUGUGGUGACUCGGAAUGAGUUUGGAAGAUUUGAUGGGAAUGUGAAGGGGUUGAUUGUGGAUGAGAAUGGGUUGGACGUUCUUUAUUGGAGGAAGCUGGAAGAUGGAAACCGUGAGAAUGGGUUUCAGAAAAAGAGCUUUGAUGGAUCGAAAGAUGAACGACAAGAUGAUAGAGGAGAAGGCGGGAUCUUUCAUAAUCAACGGUGGAGGAAGGUGGGGCCGACGCAGGAAAUUCCUCUGCUUCGGGGGAAAUCUUCGAUCUCUCACGUUAGAAUUCAUCCAGAGGAUGAUGAUGUUUCGAUUAAAAUUACAGCGGCCGUGCCCACUCCUCCACCGUCAGCUGGAAUUACCCUCAUGGCGGUUGGGAAAAAAGAACCCCCAAUCCAACCACCAAACCCUCCGCCUCCUAUCCCAGCGCUGGCGCCGCCUCCUAAAGACACACGAAAGAAAAUUCCAUCACCACCACCUCCUCCGGUCCCAGGAAAGAAAAUUCCAGCACCACCACCUCCUCCGGUCCCAGGAAAGAAAAUUCCAGCACCACCACCUCCGCUGCCUAAGAGAGGUGGUGAUUUGACUACAUCAUUGAAACCACCGGGCUCCCAAAGUAAACCAGAAGAGUCUUCAGCUGAAGGAAGUGAAAAUGGUCAGGUGAAACUGAAGCCAUUACACUGGGAUAAGGUGAACAAAAUGGAUCAUUCAAUGGUAUGGGACAAAAUUGAAGGUGGUUCUUUCAGGUUUGAUGGUGAACUAAUGGAAGCCUUGUUCGGGGUUGUGGCUACCAACAAGAAAUCCCCUGAUGACAACGAUGAUCCAGGGAAGAGAAAUGGUCCUGUUGCCGGCCUUUCUGCACAGAUUACAAUUCUUGAUCACCGGAGGUCUCAGAACGUGGCUAUCGUCCUCAGAUCUGUGGCUAUCUCUCGCCGGGAACUCCUCGAUGUCUUAACUGAUGGUGAAGGUCUGGACACAGAUACCCUUGAGAAGCUAACGAGCAUUGCUCCUACGGAAGAAGAACAAUCCAAAAUCCUGGGAUUCUCCGGAGAUCCCUUAAGACUUCCGGAUGCUGAAUCCUUCCUUUACCAUCUCCUGAAAGCUAUUCCAUCGGCCUUCAAACGUGUAAACGCUAUGCUUUUUAGAUCAAAUUAUGAGGCUGAGAUACUCCAGGUGAAGGAAUACUUGCAAACGCUUGAGGCAGGUUGCAAGGAGCUUCGAACUCAAGGACUUUUCAUAAAACUUCUGGAAGCAAUCCUCAAGGCUGGGAACCGGAUGAAUGCAGGAACUACCCGUGGGAAUGCACAAGCUUUCAAGCUCACUUCUCUACGCAAGCUUUCUGAUGUCAAGAGCACAGAUGGAAAAACAACUCUGCUUCACUUUGUAGUGGAAGAAGUAGUCCGGUUUGAGGGGAAACGCUGCGUUCUCUGUAGGAACCGCAGCCUAGGUUGCAGCAGCAGGGACAGCAACAGCAGCCUGGGUUCUGAGCAGAAUUCAGAAUUGAAAGAGGAAAAAGAGAGGGAAUAUAUGACGCUUGGGUUACCAAUAGUCGGAGGGCUUAGUGUUGAGUUCUCCAAUGUAAAGAAAGCAGCUGCAAUAGAUUUUGUCACAUUUUCCAGCAUUUGUUCAUCUCUUACAGCUCGCACAGCAGAGAUCCGCAAGGUUGUGUCUGAAUGUUCUGCAGAUGGAGAAGGGAGGUUCGUGAGAGAAAUCAAAGGUUUCCUUGAUGCAGCUGAGGAAGAACUAAAGGCUUUAAAAGAGGAGCAACAGAAAGUGAUGCAUCUUGUAAAAAGAACAACAGCGUAUUACCAUGCAGAAGCGUCCACAGAUCAAGGAGCUCAACCACUUCAUCUGUUUGUCAUAGUUACAGAUUUUCUAGGAAUGGUGGAUCGCGUCUGCAUAGAAAUAGCUCGAAAUCUGCAAAAGAGAAAAUCAUCAGGUUCAAGUCAGGGAUCACAAUCCCCUAACUCAACUCCACGUACAAUGAGGUUCCCAAACUUACCAUUACAUUUCUUGCGUAGGAGGUCUGGUACUAGUUCCAGUGACUCAGAUAGUGAUUAGGUCUUCCAUAGUUCAUGUUAGAUAAUGUACAUAGAUUUUUCAUAGAACUGAAGACAAAAGAGAAGUACAGUUGAAAUUUUUUUGCUUUUUUUCAAUCAUUUGUCCAAUUAAUAUUCAGGUUCCUG